UUAAUAUUUCUAUUUGAUUUAAUCCCUUGAUUCCUGUUGUCUUUCUCGCAUGAUCAUGAUUUCAUACCUUAGUAUCAAUCUUGUAUGUAUGUAUACAUAAGACUUAAGAGAGAGAGAGAGAGCAUACGUAUAUAAUAUAGAGAUAGAGAUAGAGAUAGAGAUAUGUAUACAUGCAUAGAGAGAUAGAGAGCGAGGGUAGGCAUAUGCAUCAGAGGUCAUUCACGUGUCGUGCUCUGUUCUUUUUUCUUCCAUAGCUUUUCGCAGUUUUGUUUUUAUCCCAUCCUGCAUCCGAUUUCGCUUUCGCUUUCUCUUCCUCUGUUUGUUUUUGGGGAAGGAUUCUCGGCGGUUACGUUUUCUUGACGGUGGGCGUUGUAUAUAUACGCCACGCCACACCACAACACCCACUAACAACCUUCUUAAGUUAAGACUUUAGACACAGAUACUCUCUCUCUCUCUCUCUCCUCUCUCUUCCUCUCUCUCUCUCUCUCUCUCUCUCUCUGCCAUUCGCAAGAAACAACAAUAAUCCAUGGAAGGGGGAAAGCAGUCUGGUUCUUCACUCGCUUCUGAUCUUUUUGGGGCUAAGGAUUCUUCCCCAUCUGCUUCCGCAUCUUCUGGAUUAUUUGGUUCAAUUUUUGCCCCUCCUCGUAAGGUUUCGGGGAUGGAGUCAUUACAUUCGCCAAAAACAGACAAGAACAAAUAUGAUCCUGCUUGGAGUGCAAAGACCGAAAUUGCAGCAGACAAGAACAAUGCCAGUGAAGGGCAGAUGAACAACAGCAGUUCAUAUUAUAAUCAGGAGGAGCGACUGCUGCCGUUAAAUUACAGUUCAUCGAUAUAUUACGGCGGUCAAGAUGUCUACUCUCGACCCCAGGAUCCGCAGAACACUUUCUUCACCACUUUCAAUAAAGAUGGUGGAGAAGACGAUUCGGGUGGGGCUUCCAGAGGGAACUGGUGGCAGGGAUCCCUUUACUACUAAUAAGAGAUGUGAAUCUUGCUCCUCCUCUCAGAUAUAUAUAUAUUGUAUAUGUAUAUGUAUAUGUAUAUAUAGUUAUGAAUAAAUUAUGUAUGUCUGUAUGUAUGUAUGUAGUAGGGCGAGGGUGACAGGGAGAGUGGCUUUUGCUGUUUUCCUGUGGCAUGGCAGCGUCGUCGUCUUAUCGUUAUAGUUCUGUUGCUAUUAUAAUAGUAGUAGUUACUUAUUUGCUUGGUAGUCAUGCAUUGUAAAGGAUAAUGAUGACUGUAAUGCUUCUGGCUUUUGCAAUGUUUGGUGUGUAUGAAAAGAUGUCUGUUUCAGGCAGAA